UAUAUAAAUUUGAAAAUAGAAAGCCAACUCGCCAUUCUCACAACAGUCUUUUAGUAUUUCCAAUGGCAUCUACUAAGCUCUUCCUCCCUUUCUUCUAUGGCUGCUUCCUCCUCUCCUUCUACUACAUAUGCAUCCAAGCUUCGCCUCUCAGCCACGAGAUUUCCCAUCCCGGUUUGAGACCGACAAAGCUAUUUGUAUUCGGAGACUCAUAUGCAGACACCGGCAACGUUAGAAAAUCACUAGGAAACUCAUGGAACCAGCCCUACGGUACCACCUUCCCUGGAAAACCCGCCGGCCGCUUCUCCGACGGCCGCAUCCUCACCGAUUUCAUUGCAAAAUUCUUGCAAGUGAAGUCUCCAUUAGCAUACGAAUGGAUGGAAAUGGGUGGUAAAAAGUUGAAGAAUGGCCUAAAUUUUGCUUAUGGAGGGAGUGGUGUGUUCAACACACUUGGAGAAUUAUUGCCAAAUAUGAGUACUCAGAUUGGAUUUUUCGACAAACUUAUGCAAAAUUCUGUCUACACCAAAUCCGAUUUGAAGUCCUCUGUUGUUCUUGUUUGCCUCUCCGGCAACGAUUAUGGUGCUUUUCUUGCUCAAGGUGGAAAAACUAUGCAGGAUCUACAAGAGUUCAUCCCUAGCGUGGUGGAUCAACUAGGCGCCAACCUUAAACGGGUCCAACAACUCGGCGCGACUAAGGUUGCGGUCACAUCUCUCCAACCGUUGGGCUGCCUUCCUCGUAGCACGGUGGUUUCAUCUUUCCAAGGCUGCAACACCACCCAAAAUCAGGCAGUGGCUUACCACAACCUUCUCUUGCAGCAAACCGUCGCGAAACUCAACAACGACUCACAAACUUCCACCUUCUUCAUCAUCGAUCUCUACACCUCCUUCACAACCGUGCUCAACCAAAAUCCAGAUUAUCAAGGUAAAUUGAGAUUUGAGACUCCAUUAAAGCCGUGUUGCAUUGGGAAGAAUGGCUAUUUUUGCGGUGGCGUGGAUCAGGAAGGUGAGAAAAUGUAUACUGUUUGCAGCAAUCCGAAAUCUGCGUUUUUCUGGGAUUCGUCACAUCCAACUGAGGCUGGAUGGCAUGCAAUUUACACCACCUUUAAAUCUAGUCUUCAACAAGCCUUCAAAUUUUAUUAGCUUUCUUCCAACCUCGUGUCGCCUCUUUUUUAUGUAUCAUGUCUUUGUUUUGUUAUGUUCUCAUCCAAUGUUUGUAUGUCACAUUAAGUUGUAGCCAAAUAUUGCGUAUUUUAAAGUACAUGGUAGAAGUAUUGUUAAAUUA